UAGAGUUGUCUUUCGUCUUACUAUGCCUGCGUCUAUAGAUACAUUACGUUGAUAUAUGUAUAGAACGGCGAACUAAUGUGUAUACGUGUGUUCAUGGCGCCGGAUUUGCAGAGAUAACAUGCAUCUCGAUCUUUGAAGAACCCUAUAUGUCGGAUUGCGAGGAUUUUGUCUGCGUGUGUCGUUGGAUUUUGAGCUCUGAUCGGAUUCGGGCUAGCUCGAAUUUUGAGUGUGUUUCGGAAUCUGCAGCGAUUUGGUAAGGUUAGAUAUUUAGUGAAUUGAACAGAUGGCUUCGAAUCCUCCAUUCCAUGUGGAGGAUCAGACGGACGAGGAUUUCUUCGACAAGCUGGUGAAUGACGACGGCGACAAUGGGGAAUUGAAGCUUGUGGCACCGACGUCGGGCCAGGCGAGUGUGGAUGGGAAUGAAUUCGAUGAGGUCAAGGCUUUUGCCAAUCUGAGUUUAAGUGAUAGCAAUGACAAUGGGAAUAAUGAAACAGAUGGUUGGGAAACUGGGAUUGGAGAUGUUGGGGAUGAAGGGAUGCUUAUUCCUGAUGAUGUUAUACCGGGAUCGUCGGUUGAGGAAAAUGUAGUUAAGAGAAGUGCUUCCUUAGACCCACUGUACUCAGCCGGUCUUAAUAGUUCGGGUGAGUGUAGUAAUGGAAAUUUAGCGGAUGACAUUACCUCAGAUGUAGCAGUUGAUAAGAGCAGUGUAUCUGGGCAUUCAGGUGUGAAGGAGGUGGGGUGGAGUGCUUUUAAUGCUGUUCCUGGUUCUAAUGGUGAUUCUGGUUUUGGAUCUUAUUCAGACUUUUUUACUGAAUUGGGGGAUGGUUCUGGAGAUGCUGACGAAAAUGUGAAUAUUGAGCCUAAGAUUGUUUCAGCUGACCAAGUGCCUGAUUCUGCAUAUUUAAAUACUUCAAAUUCUGGAAUGGUUUCUUUUGGGGUUGCCACCCUCCCCUCGACCCAAAACAAUACUUCAAAUUCUUAUGCACAAUAUCAACAGAACUACAGCUAUGGUGCAGGUGCCGAUUCAUCUGUGGAUGGCCAGAAUCUGAAUAGCAGUCAGUAUUGGGAAAAUCUUUAUCCGGGAUGGAAGUACGAUCCAAUUACUGGGCAGUGGUAUCAAGUGGAUUAUGCUGCAGGGGCUAAUGUACAAGGGGGCUAUGGCGCUAAUUUAUCUGCUAAUUGGGAGAAUGGGAAGACACAGGUUUCAUAUCUGCAGCAAACUGCUGCUCAGUCUGUUGCAGGGGCUGAAGCUGAGAGUGGGACAACUGAGAAUGUCACUAAUUGGAAUCAGGUUGCACAGGCCAACAACAUGGUGGCUGAUUGGAAUCAUGCUUCACAAGUAAACAAUGGCUACCCAUCACAUAUGAUAUUUGAUCCUAACUACCCUGGCUGGUAUUAUGAUACAAUUGCUCAAGAAUGGCGUUCUCUCGACACGUAUAUUAAUUCUUCUCAAUCAACCAUUGAAGGUGAGAAUAAGCUAAAUCAGAAUGGUUAUGCUUCAUCCAUGACUUUUUCACAAAACAAUGAACAAAUGAUUCAUGGUGCAUUUGCACAAGCUGAUACCACUAUUGGUCAACAGUUCAGUAGCAAAGGGCUAGGCAACAACUUGUCUGGGUCUUUUGGUCAUUAUAAUCAACAAACACCUAAUACAUGGCAAACUAAAUGUGUUGCUACUAGUGAGCCUAUGCAAGAAUUCAAGGGAAACCAACGAGCGGAGAACAGCUAUGGGCAUGAUUAUUCUGCAACCAACCAAUUUUCUCAGCCGAUGACAAAUAAUUAUGACGAAACAAGUAUAUAUCAUGGGAGUGCAAAUCAAAGUCAAAGUGAGUUUUCAUUAUUAGCAAGGUCACAAGGCCUUGCUUCUACUGGAAGCUUCAGUCAACAAUUCCUUCAACCAACCAUUGAGCAAAAUGAACUCAGGCAUUCCUCAAGUGAAUAUUUGAGGAAUCAAAAUUCAUUUAAUUUCUCACAACCAUCAUUCCAAAGCUCUCAGCAGUUCACUUAUGCUCCCAGUGCAGAGAGGUCAUCUGCGGGGCGUCCCCCACACACCUUGGUUACUUUUGGUUUUGGUGGAAAGCUUAUUUUGAUGAAACAUAAUAGUUCUUUAGGAAACUCCUCAUUUGGAAAUGAGAAUUCUGGAGGAGGUUCUAUUUCUGUGCUGGACUUGGUGGACAUUGUGACUGAGAAAGUGGAUUCGAGUGUUGGGACUGGCACAAGCAGUUAUUUGCGAACUUUGUGCCAACAAUCCUUCCCUGGCCCACUAGUAGGUGGAAGUGUUGGUAGUAAGGAAUUGAACAAAUGGAUUGAUGACAGGAUUGCACAUUCAGGAUCUCCUGUUUUGGAUUACAGGAAAGCUGAAGUUUUGAGGUUGCUACUAUCUUUGUUAAAAAUAGGUUGUCAGUAUUAUGGAAAACUCCGUUCCCCAUUUGGUACUGAUACUGCAAUUAAGGAAAGUGAUGCUCCAGAAACUGCAGUUGCUAGACUGUUUGCAUCUACCAAAAGCAGUGUGCUACUCAAUCAAUAUGGUGCCGCUACUCAAUGUGUGCAACGAUUGCCUUCUGAAGGGCAGAUGCAGGCCACUGCUGCAGAGGUUCAAAGACAUUUGGUUUCUGGUAGAAAGAAUGAAGCAUUACAAUGUGCACAAGAUGGUCAGUUAUGGGGACCUGCUCUUGUUCUUGCUGCACAACUUGGUGAGCAGUUCUAUGUUGACACUGUGAAGCAAAUGGCACUUCGACAACUUGUACCAGGGUCACCUUUGAGGACAUUGUGCCUACUAAUUGCUGGUCAACCAGCUGCUGUCUUUUCUGCGGGUACUUUGGCUGAUGGUUACAUGCCUGGUGCUCUAAAUAUCCCUCAGCAACCUUCACAGUUUGGUGCAAAUGGCAUGUUAGAUGAUUGGGAAGAGAAUUUGGCUAUGAUAACUGCUAAUAGAACAAAGGAUGAUGAACUGGUGCUUAUUCAUCUUGGAGAUUGUUUAUGGAAAGAGAGAAAUGAUAUUGUAGCUGCACAUAUUUGCUAUCUGGUGGCAGAGGCAAAUUUUGAACCAUAUUCGGACACUGCUAGGUUGUGUCUUGUUGGUGCAAAUCACUGGAAAUUCCCCCGAACUUAUGCUAGUCCAGAAGCCAUUCAGAGGACCGAAUUAUUUGAAUAUUCAAAGAUGCUUGGGAACUCUCAGUUUAUUCUUCUUCCCUUCCAACCUUACAAGCUUGUAUAUGCUCAUAUGUUGGCCGAGGUUGGGAAGAUAUCAGAUGCACUAAAGUACAGUCAAGCAUUGCUGAAAUCACUCAAAACUGGUCGAGCUCCUGAAGUUGAAACAUUGAGACAACUAUCUUCCUCACUGGAAGAAAGGAUAAGAACUCACCAGCAGGGCGGAUUCUCUGCAAAUUUAGCCCCAGCAAAAUUGGUGGGUAAAUUACUUAACCUUUUUGAUAGUACUGCUCACCGUGUUGUUGGGGGUCUACCACCACCUGCACCUUCAAGUAUCAAUACACAAGCGAAUGAACAAAUUCAUCAGUCUGUGGGACCUAGAGUCUCAAACAGCCAAUCAACAAUGGCAAUGUCAUCAUUAGUGCCUUCUACAUCUAUGGAACCAAUAAGUGAUUUGGCCGAUAAUGGCAGUAGAAAGACAUUUCACAAUAGAAGCAUUUCAGAACCUGACUUUGGAAAAAGUUCCCUACAGGGCAAGGCUGAGUCUCCUCCGAAAGAUGCAACCCCAAGUACAACGCAAGAAAAUGCAUCAGGAGGAGGAACGUCGCGAUUUAGUCGCUUCAGUUUUGGAUCCCAGCUCAUUCAGAAAACAAUGGGAUUAGUCCUUAAAUCUCGCCAAGGUCGCCAGGCAAAAUUGGGUGAACAAAAUAAAUUCUAUUAUGACGAAAAACUCAAAAGAUGGGUUGAGGAAGGUGCUGAACCACCAGCUGAGGAAGCAGCAGUUGCACCCCCUCCAACAACUGCCUCUUUCCAAAAUGGAGCUUCAGAUUAUAAUUUGCGGAAUGCACUAAAGAAUGAAAGUCCUUCUAGUAAUGGAACUCCAGAAUUGAAGAGUCCAGCUUUGGGGGACAGUUCAGGAAUGCCACCACUUCCACCUACUUCUUCUAAUCAGUUUUCAGCACGUAGCAGAACGGGUGUACGGUCAAGGUAUGUGGAUACCUUCAACAAGGGUGGUGGUAACGCAACGAAUUUGUUCCACUCGCCUUCUGCUCCCUCAACAAAACCUGCCACCCACACCCAAAAGUUUUUUGUUCCUGCACCAGUUGUCUCUUCUGAACAGCCAGUUGAUAGUUCCCCCGACAGCAGCAUACACGAUACUUCACCUAAUAAUGACAAUCCUUCUGCUUCUCCCUCCCUCGUCAAUGAUUCAUUCCAGCCUCCUCGUGUACCAUCAGACAUGACUAAACAAAGAUUUGGAAGCACAGGAAGCCUCUCAAAUAAUGCUGCGGCAGCAGCAGCAGCAGCCGCAGCCCCCACCUCCUUUGCAGUUCAUGCUCGGCGAACAGCAUCGUGGAGUGGAAGUUUCAGUGACGAUUCAUCUCCUGAAUGUAAAUCCGACAUUAAACUACUUGGCGACGUACCAUCAUUCAUUCCCACCGACACUUCUUUCGCCCCUUCAAGAAGAUGUGGCAGUUUUGGCGACGGUCUCCAUCAAGUUGCACUCUGAUACUGAAAGAAUGUAUAUACUAAGUUUUGCUUCUUGUCACAGUUCAAUAUGGUGGGCAUCGAGCUCUGAAAGAAACCAACAACACUGUUGCCCAAUCCCCCCCACACGGCCGACCUUUCAGUGUUGAAAGCCAUUGUUCACUUCUAGUGAUAGGUUUUUGUUCGUCCCUUGAAAAGCUUAGCUCCUGUUAUUUCAGAGUUUUGUCAUAAUUUAUGAAGCAAUAUGGUGAACAGAUACAAAUGUACAUUUCAUUUGUUCAUUUAUUGAGGAUAACACAUCCUAUAUGGGAUAAGAAGUUUGAACAAUCCUUGGAAAGGUCAUAUUUUCAAUAAAAUAGCAAAUAAUCUUUUAGAUCCAA